UAGACAUCUGGUCAAAUGCUUAAUUUAAUCUUAUGGCAACACUGCUCUUCCUGUGCCAGUGAUGAUGACAAGCAGCAAUUCACUUUAUCAAGAAAAGCCAGAAUGAAGACCAUGUCAGCAGUCAAUUUUCUCUGACUUAGUUAACAAUCAUUUUUUGGUGUUUGCUGGCUGUUUACAACAAGAAGACAUUAUUUAAAAUCAUUAUAACCAAGUAGCUGUGCCAGCAUGCAUUUUGUGUAGUCCUGAUGUCAGGGCUGGUAGAAAACUGUUAGAUAUGCUCUUGAAUUGAUAACUUGAAAGCAAUGCCUAGAAUUGUAGGCAAAAGAGUUGUGGGGAUGAUCAUUCGAUCCCGCAAGUCUCUGACCAAGGAGGGCGUUCUGAGCUCGGGCAUCGGGGAGCCGAGCGUCUACCAUGCGCUGGUGGUCAUCUUCCUCGAGUUCUUCGCCUGGGGUCUUCUGACCACACCGAUGAUCACGGUGCUUAAUGAAACAUUUCCGAACCACACAUUUCUCAUGAAUGGCCUUAUUGUAGGAAUAAAGGGUCUGCUGUCGUUCCUAUCGGCUCCGCUGCUAGGGGCGCUCAGCGACGUCUGGGGCCGCAAGGUGUUCCUGCUGGUCACGGUGUUCUUCACCUGCGCGCCCAUUCCGCUGAUGCGGCUCAACACAUGGUGGUACUUCGCCACCAUCAGUAUAUCUGGCGUGUUCGCCGUCACCUUCUCGGUGGUGUUCGCCUACGUGGCGGACGUGACGGAGGAGGCGGAGCGUUCGGCCGCCUACGGCCUGGUGUCCGCCACGUUCGCCGCCAGCCUGGUGACAUCGCCGGCGCUGGGCGCCUACCUGGCGCAGGUGUACGACGAGAACAUGGUGAUCGCGCUGAGCACAGCCAUCGCCGUGCUUGACGUGCUCUUCAUACUGGUGGCCGUGCCGGAGUCGCUGCCCGAGAAGCUGCGCCCCAACAGCUGGGACAAAACUAUCACCUGGGAGCAGGCGGACCCGUUCGCGGCUCUGAAGAAGAUUGGCAAGGACCGCACAGUGCUGCUGCUCUGCCUGGCCGUGUUCCUCUCCUACCUGCCCGAGGCAGGACAGUACUCCUGCUUCUUCGUCUACCUCCGCCUGGUGAUGAAGUUCAGUCAGGAGGCGGUGGCUAUGUUCAUCGCCACGGUCGGCAUCCUGUCGGUGAUCGCGCAGACGGCCGUGCUCAGCUUCCUGAUGCGCACCAUCGGCGCCAAGCAUACCAUCAUGGUCGGCCUGGUGUUCGAGAUGCUGGAGCUCAUGUGGUACGGCUUCGGAUCGCAGACGUGGAUGAUGUGGGCGGCCGGAGCGCUGGCGGCCAUGGCCAGCAUAUCGUACCCGGCCAUCUCGGCCUUCGUGUCUAUGCACGCUGACGCGGACAAGCAGGGCGUCGUCCAGGGCGUCAUCACCGGCAUGCGCGGACUCUGCAACGGACUCGGCCCGGCGCUGUACGGCUUCAUCUUCUACCUGUUCCACGUGGACCUGGAGGACGAGGCCAAGCUGCAGGCGGGCGGCGAGGUUCGCGCCGCUAACGCAACCCGGCAGCACCCGGGCAUGCCCGAGCUGGUGCCGGGUCCGCCGUUCGUGUUCGGCGCGCUGUUGGUGAUCUGCGCCCUGCUGGUGGCCGCCUUCAUCCCCGAGGCGCCCACGGGCGGCGCCUCGUCGCUGCGCGGCGCCGUCCGCAAGUCCUCAGGCAACUCCAACGAGCUGCACUACGAGUUCGGGCACAAGAAGAAGGACAGUCUGGACGGUGAGGCGGCGCAGCUCGAGGUGGAGACUUUGUAGCCGGCGCGGCCGCGGCGGCCACAUUCCGCGCGCGUGGGCGCUUCCCUUGCGUGCGCCAGUGCUCGCGAGUGUGCGAGUCUGUGUGUGCGUGUGCGUGUGUCGCUGUGCGCCUGUGCACCCGCAGUGGGACCGCGGUCCGGACGGCGGACCGUCCGGCCAGCUGACGGCGCA